GAUGGGAUACAUAGAAGAAUAAAUAAGCAAUGCGCAAGAAGCCGAGCUGCGGACGGGCGCACCAAACCGCAGACCCCGCGCAGGGGCUCAGGCGGGAAGCCGCGCCCCCCGCCAAGCGCUCCGCCCACUUCCGGGGGGGGGUCGCCGUCCCGCCUCAGCGAGCCCCGCGGCCGCCGCCUCCUCGCCGGGAGCCCGCGGUGGGCGUCCAGCCGGGGGUCUUCAGCGCCGGGCCCAGAAAUCUUCUCACUCACAUCAACUUUGAGCUGCCAAAAGCUGGAAGAGUACAUUUCCCACUGAGCUGUGAUUGGCUGCAGGCCUGUGGGUGGAACUCCUUCUGCCAAUUAGAAUUCGAGGGUCUGAAGACUCAGAGGACUUCUAAGACUGACACUAAGACCUGAAGGACUGAAAGGAGACUGCAGUGAGAUCAUCAGUUAUCUCCAGGAAGGUCAGUGAGGUCCAAGGGCACACUUGCCUCCCACUGGAGACACCUGUAGUGUCACGUCCUGAAGAAAGCUCAGCUCAGUCCCUAGCCUUACUCACAGAUCAAUGGCAGAGAUAGCUACCCUGGCAGCACUGCAGGAAGCAGCCAAGUGCCCCAUCUGUCUUGAUUACCUGAGAAGCCCCAUCACCACUGAGUGUGGACACAACUUCUGCUGCUCUUGCAUCCAGCAGUCCUGGGCAGAUCUACAGAACAGGUUCCCUUGCCCUGUCUGCCGUCACCAAUGCAGAGAAGGGCGUGUCAUGGACAAUGCCCAGUUGGGAAGGAUGAUAGAAAUUGCCAAGCAUCUCCAGCCCCGGAGGAACAAGACGAAGAGUCAGGGAGAGUCGCCCAGGUGUGAGAAGCACAGCCAAAUCCUGACCCUGUUCUGUGAGGAGGACCUGGAGGUGUUGUGUCACCGGUGCACUCAGCUCCCUGACCACCAGGGCCACCACGUGAGGCCCAUCACGGAGGCUGCCGCUGAUCACAGGGGCAGGAUCCACAGUUACAUUGAGCCCCUGAAGAGGCAAGUGGCAGACAUUCAAAAUUUAAUAAGCAUUCAAAGCAAAAAGCCCUUUGAGCUGAGAAAGAAAGUGGAAAACCAAAGAAAACAACUAUCCUCUGAAUUUGAGAACUUGAACCAGUUUUUAGAACGUGAGCAACAAGCGGUUCUCUGGAGGGUAUCUGAAAGUGAGAGGGACAAUCAACAGAAGCUCAGCACCAACAUAGCAGAAUUUUCAAACUAUGGUUCAGCCCUCCAGCGUCUCUUAAACAAGGUUCAAGAGCACAGUGUGAUGCCUGAAGUGGAGCUACUAUCACAAGUCAAAAAUUUCUAUAAGAAGUCUGACAAUGAGGUUAGUCCAUCUAUCUUUUCAGUCGAUUUAAAGAGAGAAAGUUGUAACUUUCCUCCCCAGUAUUCUGCUCUGCAGAAAAUUAUAAAGAAAUUUAAAGUGGAUGUAAUUCUAGACCCUGAAACCGCACACACUAACCUGAUUGUCUCUGAAGAUAAAAAAUCCGUGAGAUAUACAAAGAGAAAGCAAAAGGUUCCUGAUCUUCCAAAAAGAUUUGUAAUCAAUCCGGUUGUGCUGGGAUUCCCGUAUUUUCAUUCUGGCAGGUAUUUUUGGGAGGUCGAAGUGGGAGACAAGCCUGAAUGGGCUGUUGGCAUUUGUGCAGUCUCUCUCUCCACCAAGGGAAGGAGGGCCCCAUCAGUGCCACAGGGAUGCUGGAGGGUCCAGCUGAAGGGUGGUGGCUAUGACGCACAAGGAGCUAUUCCAAACCCCCGGGUGUUAGGAGAGAAGCCCAAGGGCAUUGGCAUUUACCUGGACUAUGAGCUGGGUGAGAUCUCAUUCUAUGUUAUGCCGGAAAAGUCGCUCAUGUGUACUUUCACUGACAAUUUUACUGUGCCUCUCCGACCUUACUUCUAUGUAGGACCUGACUCAAAACCCCUCAGAAUCUGUACAAGAACAGACUCUGAAUGAAAACCCCCCAUGAUAGCCUAAACAUUCUAAAUAGGUGAGUUCUGUUUUUUUUAAUGGAAGAUGCAUAGAUUAUUGUGUUAAUACAACUAUGAAAAUAACCCCUUGGAUUUUUCCUUUUUUAAUUUCACCACUUCCAAGAACAGUUUCGUUUAUUUUGAUUCCAUGGUUAUCUAUAAAACAGUGCCAGUAAACGCCUGUCCCACAGGGGUAGUGUCAGGGCUUACCUGUCAUUGCAUGGAUGUUGCUAGGUGUGAGGGUGGUGGUUUCAAGUUGGCAGUGAGUGUGGACAUCAUUAACAAGGAAUGAACCAAAACAGAACUGGUCAACCUUGCCUUGUCUCUGUGAAGGUUGAAUUGUGCUAUUCCUGGCACAUAUGAGGGAACUUCUCAAGGUUUGUGGGAAAUGGUAUUAGAAGUUUAUUUUGGUAUAAAAUGUUUUGAAAUAUGUGCACUACUAUUUCAUAAUAUGCAUUUACCAUGAGCUUUUUGAGAACCCUUUUGUCCAAAACUGUUUACCAGGCAGCAGGUGGUAACCUUAGUGAUACCACCAGCGCAGCUGAAAGCAGUGUGGUGGGGGAACCUGGAGAGGCGCUGAGCACGUCUGCCUCUACGCUGUCAGUUACUGACCAGUUAUGCUGUUCACUCUAGAAGCUGCCCUCUGGCAGCACUCACCACAUCAUCGUUUUUAGAAACCCUUUGAUCUACAUAACUUUCACUGCAUCCUAGUUUUUUUGCCGUGGCACAUAGUAGAUUAUGGCAUGGUGACUUGUUAGGACGUUGUAGAGAACUAGAAGUUCCUAUGAAUAUAGCUAACAUUUAUUGAGCCCUGUGACCUAGGAGUUGUAGCAUAUUCAAAACAGCUCCAAGGUGCAGGCAGGAGACUGUUAAAAAGGCAAUUCAAAAUUAGGAAUAUAGUCACAAAGUACCUUUGUUGAAUUGACAGAGCUAGUAGUAAGAGACGUCAAGGGGUGCUUUCAAGACACUGAUAGGCCAGUAUGAGUAAAUGGUUUAUCAAUACAAUGCUGUCUAUAUAAACAGGAAGCAGUGAAGUAGUAUUUCCCCUUCCAACUAUACUAAAGGAGACAACCUUAGAUAUCUGCUUAAACCCUGGCAUUCCACUAACCCAACCACAAAGAUUGGGGCUUGGGUUUUGAUCAUUUCUGGCAGUGGUCUUAAACUCAUUUGCAAAAUGUAGAUAAUACUUACUUAGCAAGAAAUUUAGGGAUAUGAAAUUAUUUACUAAUGAGUGUGUGUGUGUGUGUAUGCACUGAAGUUAAUUUUCACAUCUACUUGAAACAACGUUAUACAUUAGUCUUUUUCCUCACAUUACUAUUGUUGACCUAUUCUGAUGUCAUUUCUACUUGUUUUUCUCCUCCAAAUAAAAAUCUUUGAUUUUUGAAGAAAACAGAUAUGGUUAAUAAGUGGAUCUUUUUUUGGAUUCUUUGAUUUGAAAAACUGGAAGGGAUAACUUCAGACUCAGUAAGCAAAAUGUGAGCAUGGCUUUGUGUUAGGUGAUACUAGGAAACUCUCAGUUUUGUUGGAUGUGGUAAUGUUAGAUUUUGGGAGUGCCGUUAGUCUUAGAUAUUCAUAGCACUAUAUUUAAGUGUGAAAUUGUAUUAAGAUUUUCAAGAACUCCAGACACAAAAUGGGGAUAAGUGAACCAAAUGUGAGUAAAUAUUGGUAAUGGUGGAAUCUAGGUGUUUAUGUCAGACAAUUGUUACAUGUACUACUUUUUUGUAACUUGGUUGAAAUAAAAAGACCAAGCAAAAUGUCUCCUUUUAUUGGUGUGCUCUUAAGUGUUUCCGUGUGAACUCACUCUGCCAUCUCUACCUGAAAUGUGAUUUGAUUCGUGUACAGUUGGAGGAAUAUAUUUAACCCUAUACUGUCUACAGUUUGCUUGAAAUUUUUUGAGUAUUUCAGACUUCUUGAGUUUUUAAAAACAAUUUCUUUGUUUAAAAGGCAGAGAGAGAGGGCGCGCAAUAGAGAUCUUCCGCACCCUGUUUUUGUGCUGGUUCUAGUCCUGGCUGCUCCACUUCCCACGUAGCUCCCUGCU